GGAUGUUACUCUGUAAAGAAAGGGUUUGGAUGUUACUCUGUAAAGAAAGGGUUUGGAUGUUACUCUGUAAAGAAAGGUUUUGGAUGUUACUCUGUAAAGAAAGGUUUUGUAUGGUAGUCUGUAAAGAAAGGUUUUGGAUGUUAGUCUGUAAAGAAAGGUUUUGUAUGGGAUGUUACUCUGUAAAGAAAGGUUUUGGAUGUUACUCUGUAAAGAAAGGUUUUGUAAGUUAUGAUGAAGGUGGUCAAGUGAGUUAUGUUAGUACUCAACAUCCUAAUAAUCCGCAAGUGUUCAGUAGAAUACGACAAGCUUGUAUUAGAAGUCUAAGUUGUGAG